GAUCACAAAGUUUACUAAUUUCCUUUCUGCUUUCUAGCUCCUUGCAGGUUCAUCUAUGGCAUCAAACAAUGGGGUAGAAGAACACAAAGGAAUUACAUCCAUCAAAUCACCAUCAAAACAUCAACCCGCCACUUGGUUAGAGAGACUCCCUUGGGAAAUCUACUUGGAUAUACUUUCCAGACAACCCAUCAUGUCUCUUCUGGACUGCAAACUCGUGUCUCGACUCUGGUAUACUUCAGUAAAGCAUCCAUCGCUGGCUAACAUGCACCUGAACCAUGCAACUGAGGAUGAUCUAUACCUCAUAUUAUUUUCCGACUGGCCGAAAAGCACACUUCAACUUGUGCAAGUAAGGCAUCCAGAAGGAACAAGAACAGUAAAGACGCUCAAUACCACAUUGGACUCUGUGUUCCCCGAGUUCGAAGUGGUAGGUUCUUGCAAUGGAUUGGUAUGUCUCUACAACUACCACUUUGAUGACCCACUUUACAUAUUGAAUCCCUUUGCCAUUGAGUACAGGGAGUUGCCCAGAUUUGAGGCAUCUCCACCUUCAAACAUUUGCAGAGUGGUUUUUGGAUUCGGAUUCCAUCCGAAUACAAAAGACUACAAGGUGAUAAAAAUAGUUUAUUACAAGCAAAGGAACAAUGAUCUUUUCGGUGGCAACCCAGAGGCCUUUGUGCUUACUUUGGCUAAUGUUACUCCUGCAUGGAGAAAUAUUGGCAAAAUAGGUUAUGACCUUAUUGGUCCAACCUCAGAGGCCUUAGUGAAUGGAAAACUUCACUGGCUAACCUUUAUCCGUGUCCAAGAAGAGGUGAGUUAUAGAGAGAUCAUAUCAUUUGACUUAGAAACUGAGCAAUUCCAGGUCGUUCCAAGACCAAGUUGUGGGGGUCUAAAUCAAAGCAAUUAUCAUCUGGUGACAUUAAGAAGUUGCCUUUCAGCAGUAGUUACUGGUGGGGGGUCAAAUGAGAUAUGGGUGAUGAAGGUUUAUAAUGUGCAGACAUCUUGGAGUAAGGAAUUGGUUAUUGGGAAUUAUGUGCCUCAUGGAAUGCCUAUGGCUGCUCCUCCUUCUAGAAGAAAAAAGAAUGGAUAUCAAGGUGGAGCAUUUAGAGUUUUAUGUGGUUUGAAAAAUGGGGAGAUGUUGAUUUUGCAUAGUAAGAGAUCCAUUGUCUCUUAUGACCCAAAUAAUGGAGAAUUCAAGGAGCUUAAUUUCCAGGGACUUCCUCUUGAAUUCGAAGCAACUGUUCAUAUGGGUAGCCUCAUUUCAGUUCAUACACUGUUUAGCAUGAAAAUUAAAGAGUAA